UACAAUGUAAGUUUGAUCACCAUUACUGCUAUUAUAAAAUGAAAUACUUAUAAUAACAAUCAGUGUUAACUCUGACCACGGUAGAGUCACACGUGAAAACUAGACUUGGACCUCAGUCUGAUAAUUAGAUGAAACCUUAAAUUUUCUUAUUUAUCGAAGACAUGAUAAUCUCCGGCAGAGUGUUGUCAGCUUUGUUCAUUUUGAUAAGCUGUGUUUAUAUUGAGGUACAAUGUGCCAAUGCUACAGACAAAACCAGCCUUAACGCUGCCCUGCUAACGGGAUAUAACCCCAGUGUGCACCCAGGGUCCGACUAUACAACACAGCUUCUCAAUAUUAACGUCAGCUUUGUCUUGGUAUCUAUCAAAUCAUUUGAGGAACAAACAGGCGAAUUAUCUAUUAUGGGAUAUUUCAAUAUAUAUUGGACUGACGAGCGGUUGGCAUGGGAUCCUUCGAGCUAUAGCAAUAUAAACGGGACAAAUACGAAACAGAAGGAGAUCUGGACUCCCCCUUUUAUACUCGCCGACAGUUCCGAAGACGUGUCGAUUAUUGGUGAUGAGGAUAUGCCUUUAUCGAUAUAUUACACCGGAGUGGUAUUAUGGUCUCCUCCAGGAACGAUAUCGUCGACAUGUAACGCUGACGUCACGUACUAUCCCUUUGACCUGCAGACAUGUUUGUUGCGGUUCAUGCCUUGGGGGUACACAACAGCCGAGAUUCAGAUCAACGCUAUAUCCUCUACGCUAUCUUUGAGCAUUUUUAGCCAAAAUCCAACAUGGGAGCUAACUAGCACCAAGCUUGAGACUUCCCAAUCCCCAAUGCUAAAUUUUCAGAUGACAAUUUCGUUUAAAAGAAGGGAUACCUUUUUCAUCGUGAACUUGAUAUUGCCAGUCGUCUUUAUGUGUUUUAUCAACAUGUUUGCGUUUCAAAUUCCGUUAGAAACUGGAGACCGGCUCGGAUUUGCUACGACUUUGUUGCUUACCAUCGCUGUGUUCUUAUCCGUUGUUACGGACGCUCUGCCCCAAUCUUCGACUCCGUCAAUACCAUUGCUUUGCUAUCUUCUAAUAAUUCACAUCUUACUGAGUAUGAUGAUCGUAUUCUGUACAAUAUUCGGUCUUCGGUUGUAUGUCAGACCAUCGGAUGAACCAGUGCCGAAAUGGGUAAUUAAACUCACUAAAUUUGUCCACGUGAUCACCUGCAAUAGGAAGAAGAUAUCCGAUAAGUCUGAUAGCAAAGUAUCGGCCGUGACAAACCGUGACGACGGAGGCAAGUGUGAUGAUCAAAGUAUUGAUACAGAGGACACUGGUAUGACGUGGAUGACCGUCAGCAAUGCUUUCGAUAAAUUCUUCAUGCUAUUUUUUAUGAUGGUCGCAAUGAUUUGUAACCUUUCAUUUAUCUUUUUAUUGUCUAGUUCAUAAAGGAUCGCGUGUUGCCCAAAUUUUUGUAGAGUUAAAUUGCUGAACUGCUCAUCGAAAAUCAUAUCGGAUCAAUUUUAUUAUGGAAAGUCAGGUAAUCCAUCAUUGGUUUAUGUGUGAAAUCUAUCUACCUUGUUAUUUCUUUCAAUUAUUAAAAUAAUGGAAGUAAAAAGAUAUUUUUUCUUUAUUACGUUUCAAGUUCAUGGAAUAUAUACAUAGACCCUCAGGAUGCAAUGGUUAGGAAGGAAUUACCUGGAACGGGAACAAAUAUUCGUUAUUUAUCUGUUACAAAUUCUGCAUUGAAGAAGACAUACAUUUUCAUUAUUUUUGUCAUAUUCAAUCGAUGUGUUAUGUAAUAUGUGUACAUAAUAUAAUUCUUGGACAAUUCAUUAUAUGGUACACGUUCUCUCUCGUGAUUUCUUUCCAUCGUGUAUUUUCAAUCUUUCAGUAAUUAAGGAUAUUGCUAAGGAGUAUGAAAAGCACAAAAAGGGUCAUCCUGAAUUCUUUUCGAACCUGAGUAUACAAUGGUCUUCUAGGUUUAGACACAUUUAGCUGAGGCAAAGUACGAAGUAAAUUUGAUUAAUUACUACAUUAAGACAGUUUAAAAAGCAUUUUGAGGAGUUUGAUGAGGAAAAAGGAAAUCAUUCACGUCCUAGUAACAUUAGAUUAAAUUAGAUGUGUAGCGCAACACUAUAAAGUAAUUUGUUUUCUGUUACUAAUCCACAGCAUGGCAUUAUGUAUUGUCAUGGUUGGGACCAUGGACUCGAUACCCUUUACUCAUUCAUCCCUUCAGUUUUAAACAAACUGGACUUGUCCAGUCUUUUAUUUGGUAGGGUUCAAAUGUGACUCUCGAGGUGAAUGGGUAACAGUGAGUGUUCCCUCGUAGCGAUGCUCUCUUUCAACAUUAUGUAAAUAAAUAUUUAACUAUCACUCACCGAUGCUAUAACUUCCAUUUAAACGAUUCCUCCAUACAUAACACUGUGAAAAUAUAAAACACAAUAAUAUUGUUUUAACAAAAUAUUUAAGUAUAAUGGUAUACGAUAAUGUUAAUUUAAUAAAUCCAUACAGACAUAUAUACAAGCUAGGAAUGUUGGUACAUUGUCAAUUUCUCUAACAAUCAUGAAAUUAAUAAUAAAAACACAAGUUUGAUUAUAUUCACAUUAUAUAUGUUUUACCGAAUGGUACCUUUCCAUAUAAACGAGUAAUGAUAUCGUUCUGUAAUGAAAAUGGGGAUUAUUCAGGUUCGAUGAGGUAUGUAUGCCAAUAAGUUGUCCUAGUUUCGCUAUGAAAACUGUGUUAUCAUUAUUACUACUGACAUGUAAUUUUUAGGAUAUAUUCUAUCUGACUUUGACAAUAAAGUUGCAA